CACCCUCAGCCUGUAUAAAGUCGAGCUAGGACCGGGGCCGGAGAACUGGGCGGCAUCUGGGAGGCAGCAUCCACAGUCAGAGAGAAUGAAACAGUCGGGAACAUGAGCAACUCCAUGUGUUAUUGACCUCCCCGUGAAUGAUCGAGGCUCGGGCCCUGGCAGGACCGUGAACAUCUGGCCAGCUUGGUUUGGCCACUUGGCCAAGACCAGGUUCUGAGAAGCAAUGAUGAUGAGGGCCUUCGUCCUGUUGGCCGUCUUUGUGGAAGCCUCUGCGAAGUCCUGCACUCCGAAUAAACCCCAGCCCCCCAUCUACCACUUCUACAGCCACAUUGUUUCCAAUGACAGCACGGUGAUCGUGAAGAACCAGCCCGUGAACUACUCGUUUUCCUGCACCUACCACUCCACCUACUUGGUGAACCAGGCUGCCUUUGACCAGAGAGUGGCCACUGUUCACGUGAAGAACGGGAGCAUGGGCACAUUUGAAAGCCAAUUGUCUCUCAACUUCUACACUAAUGCCAAGUUCUCCAUUAAGAAAGAAGCCCCUUUUGUCCUGGAGACAUCUGAAAUCGGUUCAGACCUGUUUGCAGGAGUAGAAGCCAAAGGGCUGAGCGUUAGGUUUAAAGUGGUUUUGAACAGUUGCUGGGCCACGCCCUCGGCUGAUUUCAUGUAUCCCUUGCAGUGGCAGCUGAUCAACAAGGGCUGCCCCACGGAUGAAACCGUCCUGGUGCAUGAGAACGGGAAAGAUCACAGGGCGACCUUCCAAUUCAACGCCUUCCGGUUCCAGAACAUCCCCAAGCUCUCCAAGGUUUGGUUACACUGUGAGACGUUCAUUUGCGACAGCGAGAAGCUCUCCUGCCCAGUGACUUGCGACAAGCGGAAGCGCCUCCUCCGGGACCAGACAGGGGGCGUCCUGGUCGUGGAGCUCUCCCUCCUCAGCAGGGGAUUCUCGAGUCUCUAUAGCUUCUCAGAUGUUCUCUACCACCUCGUCGUGAUGCUGGGGAUCUGUGCCGUGUUAUAGGAGCCAGGCAGGCAGGCGGCUGCAGCUUCUCCGUCCAAGGUCAUCUCCGUGGAUGACACACUCAACAUUUUCUGUGCUGCCAGAAAGCACACACAGAAGACCGCGUUGUUGGGGAACAGGCAAUAGCGCUUUGCCAAGUGCGUGUUCCAACGAUUUGUGUGAAUUUCAGUGAUUGUUUUCCUUUGGUGCCCCUCCUCCUCUUGUUACUUCCUGUGGCUCUGAGCUCCUGGAGUCCCCCUCCUGCAACUGGCGGGGGAGCCUUCUCUCCCUAAACUCAAGGCAGGGCUGUGGUGCACUCCUUUGAAAGCUCUCCCGAUUGUGAAAGACCAGCACACCCAGCCAAGUGCAGCUGAGCAUGUCCAGGGGAAUACAGGGCAUAACCACCAAGUCAGUGCUCAGCACAGAAGGCACAGGAAGAGCCAACUUUGACCAAGAGGCCUGUGCCAUUGAUGCUGCCAAUUCUAAUCUGGGGAUCAGAGCUGAGCCUCAGGGCUUCCAAUCUCUCAAACCAAGGUGUGGGGCUCAGAGUGGAAUAGAAUAGUUUUUGCUCAAAUCUCCACAAUAUAAAGGGGAGUAAUUCUUGAGCUCCCCCUGUGCUAACCCAAUUAAUCUUGUUAUAAGGUUUCUUAAAUAUUUGUAAACAUUCCAUAGGUGUAAACUCCUCAUUUUUAUUGCUGAUAUAUAUUUCUAAAAUCAAAAGAAACUUACAAAUUAAAAAUAGGAAUACAGCUACAAAAAGAAUAAAGCUCACAUGAACAUUAAUUUCACAUAAUGUGGCAUUGACUAGAUGGAGCUGCUGCUUACGGCAUGACUACAGAGUGGCAGCCACGACAGGUUCUCUGGAGCUCUUCAACCCCUUCCUACCGUAGGCCUUACGAUGCUCACUGCUCUCUCUUUUUUUCUAUUUGCUCUACUAAGCAAUCCUCAUUUGUACAGAUUGGUCUGACCUCAUUAAGCCUCUACUUCAACAUUCAAACACCUGUUUUGUCUCAAUAACUUAUGAUCAGUAGAAUGGAACCAACAAAAAAAUUCAGAAACACAAAUGCAAAUUUGGCCAAUGAAUCUUCAUGGUGCCACACCCUGAUAACAUUAUCUCCCACCCCCCAGGGACCCAGAAUAUAGCAAUAUUAGUCAUUUCCAUUGUCAACAAAACAAACGUUGAAUAAAGCAAUCCUGGUAGAGAAUUGGCAGAUCCCCACGAAUGCACUGGAGACCCCAGUUUGAGGCUGGAAGCUGGAGUG